UAUUCUGACAUACACUCGUAGUUUGGCUAUUUGUAGUGGAGUUUACUUGAGGAAAAGUGAUAGAAACAAUAUGAAAUUCUUGGUUUGCUUGGCUCUCUUCGCCUCCUUGGCUCUGGUCUCUGUGAACGCUCUUGCUGGUCAAUCGGCUUGCCGUGACCCCACUGAGGUUCAUCAGAAAUUCCCCCAUCACUGGGAUCCAUCCAAGUACUGGUAUUGUGAACAAUUGAAUGAAAAUGCCGUUGAGAGAGAUUGCCCCAAGGAUACCGCCUACAUGCAUUUGUUGAAGGAAUGCAUUCCCUGGCCCAACUGGGUCUGGAAGAAACCAGAAAAUCCCCCAACAGUUGCUUAGAAUGAUAAUACGACUCUGAAAUUUGUUAUAUGAAAUUCCAAAUAAAAUGCCUUGAAAGUA